CGCGUGUCUCGGGAUAACAAAAAGACGUGAAAAAGUGUCACCGAAAUCCGUGCGGAUGCGAAAAAUCAAUUUCUGAACAUCUUGCUCGAUUCAGCCCGUAAAAUUCGGUCCCAAUGGCCAAAAAUAAGUGCACCGUUCUGUUAGGCUUCGACGACGAAGUGGUUUCGGACAAGGAUAAACCAUUUCUUAACCAUACCGUCAAUAAGAUCGGUGGAAAACCGAAUUGGCCUUCGUCCGACGUAGCGGUUGCUGCGUGUCCUUUAUGUGGCCAGAAUCGCCCGCUUAUAAUUCAAAUUUAUGCGCCGCUGGAAAAUUCUCAGUUCCAUAGGACUUUGUAUAUUUUUUCCUGUUUGAAUGCUCCCUGUUCCACUCAAUCGCAAAGUUGGUUGUGCAUUAGGACUCAAGCUCUCGAAAAGAGUCCGAUAGAAAAUGAAGCCAGUCAUGUUGUGAAGGCUGUAAAUCCUACCAAUAUUAGUUGGUGCAGUGGAGCCGAUGACUGGGAUGAUGAAGAUUUGCCUUGUGAGGGAACAGCGUUUAUGCGAGUUGCCACGGAGCAUAUUCCGGAUUUGCUAAAUGAAGAAAAUGGCAAUAUUAUACAGUACGAUAAUAGCAAAAUAUCGGACGAGGACGAGGAGAGCAAUUCGAUAGAAAACGAUCCCGUCCCAGGAUUUGGAAAUUUGCGAGUAGAUGAACGCAAUGCCAACGGAGGAGGAGCAAGAGGAGGCACCAUAGGUAAUCUGUAUACGAGUAUGGCAUCGGCGGAAAUCGAAGGAACCGAGGAUGAUGUCGUGGUUGUGGAAACACCGGAAUCUCCCAAAAGAGACUUAAUAGCACUACUUAAACAACCUCAGACUAUUCCGCGUGAUGUGGUUGAUUUAACAUUGAGAAGUUUCUACAUCAAUGUAGAUGAAGAAUACUCUACGUCACCAAUUGUCACGGACCAUGUUCGAGAACUAAUGCAAGAGUACCAGAAACACGAAGAAGCCUGUAAAACAUCUCCGGACAGUCCAAUGGGUCACGGUGCUGUCGGAGGAUCCAAACCCAUGCCGAUGGACCAAGAAAGCUACGAGAAGGCAGUGCCCAUGCAUGGUGAUCUCAUGUUUCAUUACUUUAUGACGAAACUGCAAGAAAACCCUGGCCAAAUACUACGCUAUUCGCGCAAUGCAGCUCCCCUGUUGAUCGCCCCACUAAAAGAGCAACUGUUGCCACCAAAGUGCCAACACUGUGGUAACGAGUUGAUCUGUGAGGUUCAAAUACUUCCUACUAUCAUCGAAAAAUUGCAGCUCGAAGCUACCGGACAGCGGGUCCCAAUCGAUUUCGGCAACGUGCUCGUCUGGACAUGUGUUAAAAGUUGCUGGGACACCCCGGACAAAAUGAGAACCGAGACCAUAAUGGUACAACAGGAGUCUUAAAAUUAUGCAGAAUAGUUUCCAUUAAUCCAGUGAUAGACUACAAAUAAUGAUCAGAAAAGUGAUGAUCGUUCGUUAUAGUAAUUAUUGUGUUUAUCUUGUAGCAUGGAUAAUACUUCAAAGUGUGACAUGGACAAACAUUCUAAAAUGUUAGUGAUUCCAAAAAUUACUUUAAAUUUACUCAAUUUGAAUCUAGCACAUACAGUGAUUACCAGUCAUACUGAUAGCAUAGCUGUGAGUUAAUAAAAUAAUUCGUGCAUCUGAAAAUUGAUAACACAAAAACCCCGCGUAGCAGAACAUCCGUCAAUUUAUGAAAAGUUACCUUACUAUGCAGUAAAGAGUGUAAACAACUGAAACGUAUCGAAAGAACUUAACUGACAAAUGCAUUUUAACACAUUUUCCAAACGGCAAAGACAAUUUUUGAUACCAUUUUAACCGUCAGCAUUUUAAAUCAUUAACCGCUCUUCCGUUAGACGACAUUUUUUUUCGAGAAUAUCGUUUAUAAAGACUGUAUCCUCAAUAGGAGAUAGUGGAAACAUGUAGUGAAAACAUGUUACAAUAAUUUAUGAAUCAGUCAAACAGUUUUCCGAUUAAGUAUCGUAUAAAUAGAGCGGUGUUUAUCCCCAGUUUACAAAAUUCCCUUACAGUAGAACGACUUCCGAAACCAGAAUACCAAUAAGCAGUUCAAGUUUACGUGAUAAAAUAAACGCGCAAAAUAGA